AUGGCGGCGACACCAACGACGCCGAAGCCUUUUCUGGUGCUCAGUGACAGCACCCUGCAACACUUGCUUUGGAAGGGGGCCAAUGGCCAAUCAUAUGGCAUCAUCGAUGUUAACCAGGGUGCACUGCACGGCUAUGUCAUCUCCUGCCCGGGAACCACUCUUACCGCAGAAUAUGCGGCCAACAAGCCGCCGAACCCGGCAGUGCUGGAAGUGCUGGCCUGGCAGUUCAUUCGGGUUUUGGGCGAGACUCGCCUGGCAUCUCCGCGAAAGCGAUCUGCGCAGCCAAAGCUCUUGUUCUCUCUGGACUUGACGACCCGGCCCUGGAUGUUGCCCGACUUCGGGCAGGAUGUGCUCUCUUGGCAGACUCGGAACUCCUCAUCCUAA